AUGGGACGGGUCAUUCGAAAUCAGAGAAAGGGCCGUGGCUCGAUCUUCACAGCAAACACCAGAUUGAACAAGAACCCAGCUCAAUUCCGCCAGCUCGAUUAUGCGGAGGCUCACGGUUACAUCCGAGGCGUUGUGAAGAACAUCAUACACGAUCCCGGGAGAGGAGCACCGCUCGCUCGCGUCGUUUUCCGUGACCCAUACCGAUUCAAGCUUCACACCGAGACUUUCAUCGCCAACGAGGGAAUGUACACUGGUCAAUUCAUUUACGCCGGAAAGAACGCUGCUCUGACCGUCGGAAACAUUCUCCCUCUCGCCAGCAUCCCCGAAGGAACCGUUAUCUCGAACGUUGAGAGCAAGGUUGGAGACCGUGGUGCGUUGGGACGUACUUCCGGAAACUACAUCACUGUUAUCGGACACAACCCAGAUGAGGGCAAGACCCGUGUCAAGCUCCCAUCUGGCGCCAAGAAGGUCAUUGCAAGCAAUGCCCGUGGUAUGAUUGGUAUCGUCGCAGGUGGUGGACGUACCGACAAACCAUUGAUGAAGGCGUCGCGUGCUAAGCAUAAGUUCGCUGUCAAGCGCAACUCUUGGCCAAAGACUCGUGGUGUUGCCAUGAACCCCGUCGACCAUCCUCACGGAGGUGGUAACCAUCAACAUAUCGGUAAGGCCUCGACUAUCUCAAGAUACGCUGUCCAGGGACAAAAGGCUGGUCUUAUCGCUGCUCGGAGAACUGGUCUGUUGCGCGGUACUCAAAAGGUCAAGGACUAA